CGAGUCAAUCGUUCCCGACGGACCGAGGACCGAAGACCUAUAAAAGACCAGAAGAAGAACUCCGGCGGAAGCCGACCUGACUUAACCGUACCCGCGGACCUGACGAUUUUUAACGUUCCCUCGUCGCCCGCUUGCAAAGUCCACUCGUAUACGGGCCGCCGCCGAUAUAUCACCUAACCUUGGCGGUUUUUCGGUUAAAUCGCUCCCGUGCUCAGCAACCGCUGUCGCGUAUAAUUAAUUCGGAAAUUUCGAAAUCGUUUUCCAAAGGGGUCUGUAACGUCUUCUUAUAAAAAAAAAAACCCUAGUAUUUUUCGAUCCCGGCCGCGAUUUCCGUUGGAUUUUCGUUUCAACCGUUCAGAUCUCCGAUUCUUGUCCGCUGCCCGUAACCGCUAUCGUAGUCAUGAGGUUCGCGUUGAUCGGAUUCCUGGUGCUGGUGAUGGGUGUGGUCGUCAAGGCGCACAUGCACUUCAUCAGGCUGGCCCUGAUCGCGGCCAUGGGACUGAUGGGCAUGUGGAUGAUGCACAAGCUCGCCCAGGACUGGCACAAGAUAAGCACAGCCAACAGGCCGGCAAUGAUGGCGGGGAAACUCUUGGGACUCUGGAAGAGGUCCAUACCCGAGACGGUGAGUUUAUAUUAUACUGCACAUCACGCGUAUGCAUUACAAUAAUAUUCGUAAUGAAAUAUUGAUGAUCCUAGCCGAUGAUAUUUCAAUAAUUACGUAAUAUAAAAUCAUGCUAAUACCGGCACGUAAUAAAAAAACAAGCGCCUACAUAAUAUUUCCGGGUGAAUCAGUACUGACCGAAUUACGAAUGAAAAUUGGGCGGGUUUUAAACUCAGAAUUUACAGGGAGAGAGCUAUCUAUUUAUUUUAGUGAGAUGAGAUUAUUUUUGUUUUUCUCGGAAAACACUUUUUCGAUUAUAGUAAAAACGUUUCGAUUUUUUCACUACGCAGUAACUUAGAAUACGCGGGUUUUCCGCCUGCGGAUGACGGUACUUUAUUUAAAACAUUCCCCCUCCCCAAGAAAAUAAAAAUUACAAUAAAUGUCCAUACACGAGGUUUGUUAUAGCUACACGGGAACAAAACCACAAUCAAUACACUAGGUGUGCCGCGGUCAUUUGAAAUUUUUUUUCCUUAAACCGGUUACGGUGAUCCACUCGUUAAGUACUAAGUCAUAACUCUUUUGAUUAUGAUUCGUUUGAAUUUUGUUAUUAGUUUUAAUUUUGUGCAAAAACUUAAACAAUGACAAAAAAAAAGUCACAGUGUGACAUGAUCAAAAAAAGUCUGAGGACCCCUGCUAUAUGUAUAUUACCUUACCUACUUGUUUACCGAGUUUCGUGCAGAAUCGAUUUUCUUUUAAAUUUCAACUAACCUCGGAUAGAUAUUUUGAUGGCACCGGUACGAUAAGGCAUUAUCAAAAGAAUUAUAGUAUUUCAACCCAAGAGACGAUUGAUACCAACAACGCUUAUUAUUUUAGCGUAAUAUCAAAAUUGAUACCGAAAAUUACCCGGAUUUCGAUAUUCGAUGUUGUCUGAAGUAUCGGAGGUGUCGUGUUAGCAGAGCCCUACUUAAGAAUUUUGUGGCCCGGGAUCUAAUUUUUUGAUGGGGCCCUUAUAUUAAAUUAUAAAUUAAGUUUUCUUUAUUUCCGUAACUAAACAAUCAAUUAUAUUAUAAAAAGUUUAAAAGCGUGGAAUGUAUUGAUUUUACAAUCAUGUUUAUUUUCUCGUUUUUGUGGAUAACUUUUCUAUGAGCAAUUUCGCUCCAAUUUUCAAGUAUAAACCUUUUUCUGAAAAAAAAUCUGACUAAGGUGGUACUUUACGGAGGUCAAUUUUUUUCCAGGAGUUUUCCCAUUAUAUGGGAAAACAUGGUAGAAACAGGGAAAACACGACAAAAUAGAAACGAUAUUAAACAAAUAUGUAGUAAUGUAUGUAUGCAAUUAUUUUACCAUAAUUUGACAUAUAUAUUAUACUGUUGACAAAGCAACACUAUUAACUGAACUCCGGUCAGAAUAGUUUUUCGUUAGCCAUGGCUAAUCGUUUUGUACAGAUAUACAUUAAAUUUCCCCUCUAUAACUUUUCUAACUUUUCACCUACAACAGUGGCCCUCUCACGUGGCAAAGUAUAUCCGUCUUUUUUAUUUCACAAAUAUUUGAAUUAUUAUUUCUUACUCGUUUUUCCUUUUCAUCAGUGUAAGAUAUGAAAUGUUUGUUAAUAAUUAAUUUGUUUUUUUUUUUCAAAAUGUACGAUUUCCCAAUUUUAUCUUUGAACAUUAUUUUGUCGACUACUGAUUAAAUAACAAUUUAGAAUUCUGUCAUAAGUGGUGUUUUUAGUAAAUAUUUCGUGCUUAAUAAACAUAAACAAAAAUAAUUUCAAAAUGAAAUUAAUGUAUACAAGGGCCCCUUAUUAUGUUGGGGCCCGGGGUUGCAGGGGGGCUUGCCCCCUAAGUAGCGCUCUGCGGGUAUCGGAUCCUUGUUUAAAAUCGAAAUGCAAUAAUUGUGGUCGAAAUUUACUAAAUAAACGUUACGCGGUCAAACGAAAGUACUUUUUCUUGCAUAUAAAAAAAGAAAAAUAAAGAAAAAUGUUUCACAUUUUGACGAAUAGCGACGAAUACGCGUAUUUAAAAUGACAUACACAGGGUGGGGGCGAUCCCUUCACAACCCCUCCCCACCGUAAAAUAUUAUUAUUUAUAAUUAUAUUAUUUAUAAUUAUAUUAUUUUCAAUAACCGCAAUAACAUAAAUAAAACGUACCGCGUUAAGUCACGAAAAGUCACUUUUAAUUUCCGGUCAGGCGAUUUGGGGACGAGCAAUUAGAAAAAUAAAAAAAUCGCAUAAUAAUAAUAGUGAUAACCGACAAAAGAAAAAAAAAAAACCGUACGAUACGAUAGGUAAUAAUAUUAAUUGUUAUUAAAAUAAAUUAUCCGAGUGCAGUGUAUAAUAAUAAUGAUGGAGACGAGCAAAAAAAAAGAAACGCGGUCCCCUUAACGUCACGCCGCCGGUUCGCGGGGCCAUUGAAAUAAUGUAUUAAAAACGACGCGGCGAAGGUCGGGGUUUAUAUAUUUUUUUUUUUUUUUGCAAAUUUUUUCUUUUUUUCAACACGUUCGCGGCUCGUUUCCUAUUAUACGCGUCAUAGUACGGUAACGGACGGCUAAACGGAACCGUGCACGUUAUCGCAAAUGCACAGAUACGCGUAAUAUAUUACUAUAAUAACGCGUUUGCAAUACCUCGUCGCACACAAUAUUAUAAUAACAUAUAGUUGUACAUUCGUACGAACCCCGACCUGAAUAAUAUCGCACAAAACAUGUAAAAUCCGUACGUAUUUUUUUUAUUUUUUUUCUGUUCGCAAUAUACAAAACGAAAAUUAAAUACAAACACGUUCGGGAACGUAUACAUACAUAUAUAUAUAUAUAUAUAUAUAUAUAUUGUAUAGCGUAUGUGCCUACUAAAUAUUAUAAUAAUGUGACGGCGACGAACGGGGAUUUUUAUUAUUAUUAUUAUUAUUAUAUUUUUUUUUUCUUUAAGGACAUUUUUAAUGAGAUCCUUAUACGCGCGCGCGUAUCGCCGUAUGCGUAGGUACACUUUUGAGUUUUGACGAGUCCGACGACGACGACGUCAUAUACAAUAUAUUUUACAUUACAAUAGACAUUUUGCGAGCACAGCGCAAAAUUAGUGACAAUUAUAUAAACAUACAGGGUGAUCGAACCGGUCACAGACCAGCGAUUCUCUAGCAGUGUUUUAGAGUGAAUUUGAAUUUUUUUUUUUUGGGGGGGGUUUCUAAAAAAAAUUGCGUAUUACGUCUUUAUUUCAAUGAUAUUUUCCAUUUAUCGGCCCCAGUUCUUAGAAUACCCGAAACGAGUAUGCACUUUGGAUUUUUAAUCCCCUCUUUUGAACACUGAUUCAAGCAGAGGAUAUUUUGCUUUUUACAGAUUUUGGUGGGCAUAACGCUAUUACGAAAAUCUGUAGAAAAGUGUCCUUUAUUUGAAUCAGCCGUGUUCAAAAGUGGGAAGGUGUAUAUCUGUUUGUAAACCCCCAAGUAUAAAGAGCAGGAGCUAAACAAUUUAAGACAUUGUUAAAAUAAAGAUUACAUGAUUCUAUUAAAAAAAAAAAAAAAAAAAAAAAACAGAAAUCAAAAUCAGUUAAAAUUGUUCGAGAAAAUCGCUGGUUUAUGUUAAUUGAAUCAUCCUGUAUAUGUGUAUAUCUGUACACAUAAAUCGGGCAGGUUCGCCGCCAUUGUUAUUUCGCGCGUUUUUGUUUUAGUUUCAUUUUCGAUACAAUAAAAUAGAAAAUAAUAUUAUAAUAGGUAAGAGCUUAGGCACGAUACCACUUGCAAUUCGACUGUAAAGCAGUUUUACGCGAGAAAAAGCUGUACACGGCCUAAUAAUAUUAGGAAAAUAUUGAAUUUUCACCGUAUAAAAAAGGAGAAUUUAAAAUACAAUGGGAUGCCGGUUUUCGAGCCUCAGAGAAAAAUAAAAUAAGUUAUUAUUGUUCUAAAAUCAGAUCGUUUUAAGUUUUUUUGUAUUCGAACAACUUAUUUUGUUACAAAAUGCAGGUCAACAUUUAUUUUUCAAGAUGAAAAUUUCGUUUUUGAAUUAAUUUUAUAUAUAUUGUAGACUCCGUAAACAUUUUUGUUAACAUCACGACUAUCGUAAUAAAAAUGUAUAAUGAUAAUCUCCGGGCAAUUAUUGCAAAUGUAUUUUAAUAAUUUUUUUUAACUGUGAACAACUUUUUUAACAGAUCUUUGCUCCGAUUUUCAAGUGUAAAACUUUUUUUUAAAGGAAAUCUAACCUGGGUGGUUCUUUUAUAGAGACAUUUUUUUGAUUUUCCCCAGGGUUUUCAUAAUAAAAUGGGAAAAAACGUAGAAAAAACGGAAAAAAUUUACGAAAUGAAUUAUUGCCAAACCGUAAAUACGGUCUUUUAGAACUUGUACCUAUGACCAAACCCCACUCACUCCACUUAAGAUCGUUUUUCAUUAGUAAAGAUUAAUCGUUGCGUACAGAUAUACCCUGAAUUUCUCCUCUACCUUCUCAACUUUUCACCUACAACUGUGGCCCACCAACCAAACGAAAAAAGGCUGUUUGUUUUUCAAAUUUUAAUUUUAAACAUCGAUCUAAUAUAUAUAUAUAUAUAUAUAUAUAUAUAUUUAUUUAAAGGUAUAUAGUGUGUGACGUCACAAUAUUAAGUGUUAUACAAUACUUAUCAAAGUAUGAUUAGAUCCAAACAAAUAUAAAUGUAUUGAGUAUAUUUAAUCCGAUUUUAAGUAAUUUUGAAAUUCUUUAAAAUUCUACAUAUUAAGUAUUUUUAGUUAUUUUAUUGCUAAAAACCUCAUUUGAGUAACUUAUUUGACAACAGUUGAAUUUCCGUUCGUAUUCGUAUUAUAAUACGUACAAUAUCUGUGAGAGUUAAAAAAAUAUAUUAUGCACGUUUUUAAUGUGACUAUUAAACCGUUUGGAUCCAAACGAUCCAAUUAUUACUGAUAUCAAACCGAUAAGAAGAGUGUGACGUAGGCACUAAUCAUGCGCAUCGUUUAUAAUAUUUGCAGUCUGUAUAUUGAUUAAGUUUUUCGUUAACUCAAUAAACGUGAAAACCCUACGGUUAAAAAAAAAUACGAAUUUAACUCUUCGAAAUUAAGUUAGCUCGUUUAAGAAAAAGUAUUUCAUUUUUUUCUUUUUUAUAAAAAGUAGCCGCUAACCGACCACUAUAUAUAUUAGUGAAUCCACGAGGUAUUGGACACAAUGGGAUUGCGGCAAAAGACUUUUUUUUUCUUUUUUAUUUCUUUUUAACUGCAGGGAUACUUGUGCGCGCACUUCGCGUGUUCUCUAUUAUAUUGUAUAUAAUAAUAUUCUUUUCUUUUCCGUUCUAAAACAUACUAUACAUAAUACACUACAACGUUUACCUAAUACCUAUUACACCCGGAGCGUCAUAACUUUGUUUUUUAACAGCUUAAAAAGUUUCUCGCGAAACAUUUAUAAUAUUAUAGGUAGGCGUAAACGGACCACGAAAAACUAUUAUAUCGUUUUAUAAAAAAAAAAAAAAUCGUACAACUAUAUUAUUAUAUUUCUUCACAAUACGAAUAAUAUUAUAUUAUGUAACCUCCGAUGUAUACAUUAUUCUCGAAACGUGAUUGUUAUUGUCAAUUAGCACAUGUGGAGGUUUCAUGUAUUAUGUUAUUAUACAUAUACAGGGUGCAGUAUCUGAGGGCAGUGUUGUGUGUACUAUCAUCUAGAUGGGAACAAUUGUGUCUCGUCUCUUAUCUCAUCUAGACAAGCAAAACAGGAGUUAUCUGAGAGAAAAAUAAUCGAACCGUCAAUAUACGUUUUUCGUGAACCGAAAUUUAUAUUUUAUUAUGAUCAAAUUAAUUAACUAUCGAGUUACCUGCAACAUCAAUCAUACAACAUUUUAGCGUUUAUUUUUUUUCGAGUGCCAAAUCUGGUACACUCAUAAUUUUUUUAUCUAGACAAAAACUCCCCGAUUAUGUUAUAUAUUUUGUUUUAUAGAUUAUUGAAUUGUUAUGUAUCUAGAUAACUAUUUCAGCAAUUGUAUCGUAUAUUUAGUCAGAUAUUUUAAAAUGUAUACUUUAUUUAUGCACAACACGCAAAUUCCGCAGAAUUUUAAAGUUUCCCAUGCAAUUACAUGCCAUACGUAGAAACACCCUGUAUAAUAAAUAAGUAAGUACGUCGCGCAAUAUUUGUUUUGCCAAUGUAUCGUGUUUCGCACGUACUCGUCAUCACGUUAUUAUUUUAUCGUAAUAGCGAUUUUUAUUUGCUGUUCCGUAUGUUUAUAUUUAUACUGCACAUACCUAUAGAAGUUCUUUAUUUUACUCUUGUAGAAACUCGAAAAAAAAAACCGAAAUAUCGUUUAAAAACUUUCUCUUUUUAUUUUUUUACGAUUAAUAUAUAUAUAUACAAUUUUUUACACUGGUGCACAAUCGCGACAAAUUAUAUAUCUAUACUUUAGUUUCUCGAAAUCGGUUACAGUGGUACAGAUACAAACGUUGUUAUUACCUAUACAAUAAUAUGUAGUAUAAAUUAUUGUUUCGAGUGUCAAAUUUCGUAUAGCGAAAAUCGCCAAUCGCGAAACGUCAUACAUUUUUAGGUAAUAAUAAAUGACUAUGAUUUUCUUUAUUUUCGUGUAAAACAAUUGAUAAUAAAAAAAGAAAAAAACCAAAAUCGAAAUAAUGUAGUUUCGAAUAGAUAACGAAAAAAAAUACGUCCGAAUAAAAUAAAACACAGGGUUUUUUUUUCAUAGUAUAGUAACACUUAUCAGCUUAUAUACGUAUUAUCUGACAGUAAAGCAUGUUAAUUUUUUUCCCACGUUUUUCUUUAUGCGAAUUUCCAAAAACAUACGACGAAAAAUCGAAAAUACUCGAGUCUGAUUAUCGUCGACUUCGGGUUUUCAAACUGAGUGAAACCGUAUAGUGUUUAAAAAUCAAAUUCCAGAAUAUCGUAAAUACUUUGUGUUAGAGCGUUGUGGAUUGAUAAUCAGAGUCGUGCGUGACGAUGGGUUUUUCAGCUCCUUUGGCCGUCACACAGAAAAAUGCUCGCUCCUAUAUCCUACUUGGCCUACCACCAAGCAGUUUUCGUCAAAACGUUAUAUUUCUAUUGAAUGUAAAAGUUUUGAAUUUCGAGCGCACUUCCGAGACGCGUUCUCGGGCCUGAACCAGUCUCGUCGAGUCCUACAAUAAUGUUACUUACAUUAUUAUAUAGAUAGAAGGUAUUUAAUCGGUUUAUAAGCAGUGGUUUUUUCGUUUUUUUUUUCUUUAUGACACGUGUUUCGGGACCGUAAAAUUUCAUCAAACGUAACGAAUUUUUAAUAAUUUGAUUGAUUAAUCGCCCGGACGAACGAGACGGUGCGAAUUAGGCGGAAAAUCGUACACUCAUACAUACAGGCGCGCUGCCGUUCAGUUUGCGGGAAAAAAAAGCCGACACAUUGCUAACGACACGAUUGUCGUGAUAAUAACAUUAUUAUUAUGAAAGAACAAACAGUUUGAAAGAUGUCCGGGUAACGUAAUGCGCACAAAUAUUGCGAUCGGGACGUUCUAAUAACGAACGAGUUUUAUUGUGUGUACACGCGCGAUUUUGACGAGAGACGAGAUUAUUAUUGCAGUGUAUAAGGAAGACUCGGGUUUUCGUAUCAAAUAUUUCCGUUUAAAUUAGAUCGGCCGUAGUUUUCUGGUGUGAAAAACGUAUACUAUACGUUUAUCAUAAUAAUGGUACGCAUAAUAAUAUUAUACUCGACUAUAUAAGGCUGACACGCACGUGGUUUCCGAUGGGUUCUUCCCAGGUAAUCGUUUUUUUCUCUCUCUUUUUUUUUUCAACGAAACAUUAGUUAAAAAGAACUGGAACAUUCGAGUAUACGCGUGUAAAUACAAUCUCAAAGUAUGCAGUUCACUAAAUCAUGUUAUAGCGUAAUCUAAUCCGAUAUUCUCGUAUACCAAUUGAAUACUAAUAUCUAUAUUAUAAUAAUAAUGUAUUGUAUUGAUUUUUGCGGAUUUGCAUAGAUUUAAUAUUGUUCGUAAAAACCGUUUUACCAAUCCCACGGCGGUUGUUCGGCCAUUUACAUACAGAAAUUAUUAUUAGGGUUUUGGGAUAAAAUGUUAAAAAAUAAUAAGAUUUUAUCAUGUUGAUGUUAAUGAUUUUUUUUUUUAAGAAACACUAAAAAUCGAAGAAAAUAAAUAGAAAUAGGGAGGGAGGGAAUUUAAAAAUUAUAUUUAAAAAAAGCCUGCAGACAUAUACUUAUUGCACCAUUCGUAAGCCAUGGUUUUAGGCGGGGUGGUAUGGAUUAAGAUAUAAGAUAUAUAGAGUGAGUAAAGUAAUUUGGUUCAUAAUAUACUGAAAGUAACGAUAGCUAAUAUUUAGAUUUAAAAAAAAAAAUUUAAUGGAGUAAUAUUAGUGCGGUAGGAGUCGUGCUUUUUCUUUAGAGUUGCCAAAGUAGUCCAAGAAUUCGUAAAAAAAAAACUAAUGUAUCAUAAUUUGUUGUAGGUUUUUAUUUUUAGAAAAACUGUUGGAAAUCUAUAUUGUUCAAGAGUAAUGUAGUAACUUUUUUUUACAAACAUUUAAAGUUCAACUUCAUAUGGAAAUUUUGGCAUUUCAAAUGAUCGUUCAACUGACAUGUGGGAACGACGAACCGAUUCGGAGCUUGAGCAAAUGUUCGGUGAAGUGGAUAUAGUAGCAAUGAUAAAGAGGAAUGGUAUUAACUGGACAAAACAAAUUAUACGUAUAACACGAGAUCAGACAAUUCGAUAGAGGGGAAGGGGAAUGGAUUCCCAAUGAGAAGAUACCACUAGGACGGAUAAGACAAAGAUAGAUAGAUAAAGUUAGUGGAACCUGCAAAUUCUAGGAGGAAUAAACGACUAAGAAUUAACUAAUGACAGAGAAUCAUGGAGAGGCGACAUGGUUGCGUUGAAGGUCCUGAAUGACAUCUAUCAAGCCAGGAAGAUCUCUAUUUUUUUUUUAAUGUUUCUUAUGUUACUUUUACCCUUAAUUUUUCAUAAUUUCUCCCAAUUUACCAUAAAUCGAUAAUGUCUGUUAUUUUAAAUUUUGAGUAAAUUGAGGAAUGUAUGGGUUUUACAAUGAUGUUUAUUUCUUUGUUAUUUAUAAACAACUUUUCUACCAAAAAUUUUGCACCAAUUUUCUAGUGUAGUAUCUUUUCUGAAAGAAAAUUUGAUCAGGGUGGUACUUUAGAGGGGUAAUUUUUUUUUAAAAAAAAAAAUGCUUUACUAUUUUUAAUUUUGGUUAUAAUUCAGUUAAAAAUAAUCAUAGAUAUUUGAAAUUUGGACAGAAAACUUAUAUUCAUCUUUCCUAGACACGGUUAAAUUUUCAAAAUAUUUGGGCUAUUUUUGAAUAUUCAUGAACCCUUUAAUUUUAUGAGUUAUUCAUGUAAUUUUUUCGGGAGGUACUCUGUGGAUAAAUUGUUAGAUCAUACAGAAAUGCUUGAAAAUUUAACAGGAGUUUCAUUAUAAUUGACGCUUAGUAAUCAAAACAAAUCACUGUAGCAUACAAUUUUUAUUUAUAUGAAUUUUUUUUUUUUUAACUUUGAUGAAAAUCAUAAAUAUUACGGUUUUUCAAAACCGAACUCAGCUCAGAGUUGUUAUAGCAAUGAUUGCUCGUUGCGUACAGAUAUAAAUUCAAAUCCCCAUUAUAUCCUACCUUCUCGACUUCUCACCUAUAACAGUGACCACCCCAUCGUGCGAAGCAUGUCAGUCUUUUUUAGUACAAUUUUUAAAUUUUAAAUUUUUUUUCGAGAAAUUGACUCGAGCCUUUUUUCCCCUCGAACAAAGAUGUAAUAAUACUCAAACAGUUCGAUUAAUGUUUUCAUUGAUCCACCAACGAUAACAGUCGACGGGACACCUCGGGUACGUUUUGUUAAUAGUAUUAUAACGCACGAUGAGUGACUGUUCUCGUUGAUAAUAAUAACGAAACUAAAAGCCGCGGAAAACUCCGUGGUUGUUAUUAUUAUUAUUAUCGUUUUACACGCCCGGGCGUGAAUCGCGAAAUGUUUUGUGAAGUCCGUACGAGUUUUAUUUUUUAUUAAAUACAAAAACUAUGGGAAUGCGCGUUUUUUUUUUAUUAUUUUGCCAUCUUUUGCUCCGAAAUUUUAACCGGCCGAAAAAAAAAAAGAAAGAAACCACUAUAUAUUUGAAUGAUUAAUUGCGUAGAUAAUGCUCUUAAUGCGCUUUUUAGACGGGUUCGCGCACACACAAUACCGGCGGCGCGAGCUUACGCGCGCCCCUACAAACACGUGUAGUUAAUAUUAUAAUUUAUACGACGGCGAACGCAUUGUUUUGAUAAUACUAUUGCGGCCGCGAACGUUGGUAAAACAACGUAUUUUAAUAAUGUUGAUGACAAUAAUAAUAAUUGUGUUAAAACCGCGUAAUCGAAACGAUUAAUUAUUCAUUGUUUGACGAUGGUUUUAAAUGUGUCGUUGCAGCACGUCGAUGCGUUUGUCGAAGAAUCGUUGCACGAUUUCUACAAGUUCGACGAGAUACUCAGGCAAGACCGGUCCAUGUGCGCGCGGAAAAUGAUAUGCCAGAUCGCGGCCACGCCCAAAAGUCAACUCAACCAGGUGGAAAUCAAUCUGCUCAAAAUACUCAGGUGAGUUUUUCCUCCCGUCUAAAGGCCACACGUGUGUUAUAGACAACACACAUAUACUCUGUAACUAAAGUGACUUUUUAAAAUGUCUUGUCCGCAAUUUUUGUGAAAAUUAUACGGCGAUUACUGCGGCGAUGAGUGUCUCUCUCUCUCUUUAUUUUUCAAUUAGCGACGGGCGUCGACCGAUAUUGAAGCCAUCGGAAUAUCCGGACAUCCGGGUUUUUUUUUUUCAUCGGAAAAGAAUUCAUAUCAGCUCAUCACUAUCAUGUACCGGUAGUAAAGCGCUAAUGUCCCACAGUAAUAAAAAAUAAUGAAAACGUUAUGUAUAAUAUAUGUAGCGGGAAAUGAAAAAUUAAUCGUGACGUUCUUGAAAUGUUUAUUUCAACGUAGUGAUUCUAAUUUAUUACCAUAGUAGAACGUACGAUAAUUAAAUAUUCUGUACUCGAUUCCAAUACAUAUAUAUAUAUAUAUAUAUUUGUGUAUGCACGGUCGAUAAGAGGGGAUAGGGGGUUCAGACCCUUAGCCCCCCCCCCAUCACGCGUACGGCGCUGUAUGCAUUGCGUUGUCGUGGCCCGUACGUUACGCGCGUUCCGUUUGGAAAAAAAAAAAGAAAAAGAAAAAAUAGAAAAAAGAAAAAAAAAAGUCCACCUCCGCCGGCGAAUCAAACGGCGAAUGUAAUACAAUUCCGAACGCGCAUUACGUCCGCGAAAACGUCGUAUGCGAAAACGAUGUCGUUCGUGCCGUAUACGGCGGGAGGGGUGGCGGGGGGGGUGGGGGUGUGGUGGGUUUUACUUGCACGGGAUCAUAUUCGCAUUAUUCGCCGUUGUGUAACAGCAUUCGUUAUUAUUAUUGUUAUUAUUUUUCGCGUCAUAAUGAUGUGUGUUAUCUAAUGCUCGCACGGGUUUUCAUUGUACUCGACGAUUGACUUUCGUCUCGCAACAAUACUAAUACUAUCAAUACGAUUACGAACGUCGGAGUCCGUUCGGGAAAUUCGGCGGCCCGCGAGAGUAAGAAAUAAUUGAUAAACUCCUUAAAAAAAAAACAAUAACAACGACAAUAUAUUGCACGGGUAUAUUAUAAUACGUGUCCACCUAUAAUGCUUAUCUCGCGUGAACGGUAGUCAACUCGAUGUAAUCAAAUAAAAUAUACACGAUCGUUGUUAUUAUUACGCGAUUCGAUGUUUCAGAGAAGAACGAGGAAAUCUGUUACCAUUCAUUUCUAAGGAGCCGCCGUGUAAUUAUUAUUGUUGUUAUUAUUGGUUUUUUUUUUUUUCUAAUAUUUUUCUCUCGUAAAUCAUUUUUUUUCCCCUGAGGUUUUUUCCGGGCCGGCGGUAAGAACCGCAGUGAAAUUUUCGAUACAUAAACAACUAUAUACAUCCACGGAUGUUCGUGAAGUUGGCAACGUCCCUUCGUGCUGUACAGACUUCAAACCUACGUCUAUUUGCCAAGUCAUUUUUAAAAUUUGCAUGUCCUCCAAUUUUCGAGAAAAACGGGUUUUCUCUUGGCGGUGCCCGGUUAGGUUAGGACGCGGAAAUUAUACCGAUUUUUUAAGUCCUGGCAAUAGUUUAUAAAAGUUCACCUUUUAUGUGUUUUUUUUUAUAAGAAAAAAUUAGUUAACCUGGCAGAAAUAUCGAGUCCAGGUAAUUAAGUAAUGUAUUUUUCAUUCAUAUUUCAUAAAAAACCCCAACCUUAUUAGUCUUCAAAUUCUAUUUUUUUUUUUUUUGUUUUUUUUUUUUUGCUAUCCUCGGUAAAUAUUAUUGACAAAUUAUGUAUUUAUUGACAAUUUUGAUAAUACCAACCACUUAGUGAUCACUACAGGAUCAUUAAAGAACAUAGAAUCUGCUCUAUUUGACAUAACAUCGUCCAUCGUUCGAUUCUCACAAUACACCGUUAAAUAAAAAAAAAAAAACCUAUUGAACGGUUGAUAUAAUUAAUUUCAAAAGAAAAAAUAAAUUUUGUUGAUAACCUCUUUUUCAUAUAAUUGUAAAAAUGGCAUCAAUGGAAAAUUUCAAAUUUUAUUCGAUAAAAAGUCAAAUUCAAUUUGAAAACCAAAAGAUUGAAAAUAAAUUAAAAUAUAAAGCCUACCAGCCUACUACUACGAGUCGUAUCAUGCAAAUUUUCUUUGUCGUCGGAACAAUAGGCAAAACAAAGCGUUAGGGUUUUUCCGAAACGGAUCGGGUCGCAAAUAACGUUGGAAACCGUCGGGCUGGCGUCCGAGACACGGGGACCCGACAAGUUGAGUGUGCGGUUGGUCGAACUAGACAAACGGUAACCGCUGUAACCGCAUAUAAUUAUAAUUUAUCGAAAACGGGGCUCUGCCGCUCGUAUGGUAAAUUUCUUCGCUUCCCCGAUUAGGAUUAAAUUGCGAAAAGGUCAAUCGAGUAUACCGAAUGUAUAACAUUAUUACUAUUAUUCUCUUCAAAUAACUUUAAUUCGAUAGCGUUGAACUCCGUGCGUAUAACGUUUUUAAAUUAUGAUAAUAAUCUUCUGUGAAAAUAUUCUCAUGAACGGACGAUAUUCGAUAAUUCCCCCCUCCCUCUCAAAAUGUAUAGUUAGUGACUUUAAAAAAAGGACAAAAAGUUGGACUACAGUGUAUGCGGUUUUUAUUUUUUCAGUCUAUUAACAAUUGUCCUACCUGCAGGAAUCUCACUCCAACCAAGAGACAAAAAGAGAGCAAUUUUCAGUAGUAUUUCGAAUUCAGUUGGUGAAUUGAAGAGGUCAUUUAUUUAUUUCCUAAGUAGUUUUCUAAAUGAAUGAGAAGAAGAUCGGGCAAAAAAACCGUAGAGAAAAUGGGAAAUAUAACGGUAUCAUUAUUUUCGCCUUUGUUUUUGUAAUUUGAUUAAGAACAAUUGCAGAGACCUAAAAUUUUCAAAUGAUAUUUAUAUUAGAACUUUUUGAACGUGUUAAAAUUUUCCGAAUAUUUUGAUUUUGAGUUAUUUAUAAGCAUUUGAAAUUUUUUAUUUUAUUGUUUUUUUAGUUAUUAUUUGGCUUAUGCGGAAAAAAAUGUUUCAGCUAAACAUAAAGUUUAUUAUAAGUUGACCUUAAUGGUAAAAUUAAAAGUUUUUGAAGUUCAAAUUUUGACAAAAAUCCUAAAAAUGACUGCAUUUCAAAAUAUGUAUGACCGAACUUUCCUCAGAAAUGAGCUUCGUUAGCAUUGAGUUAUCGUUGCAUGUAUCACUCCUUCCUAACUUCCCAUCUAUCUACAGUGGAAUACCAGUCAGUAGUAUCAGCUUUUUUUUUUCGAUCAUUGGUGCAUUAAUCGCGCAUUAUUCUUCUUCUACAUCUUUACCUUAACUAUUUGAGAUCGGUCACACUCAUCCUGAACUUAACCAAAAUGACCCGAUCUCUCACAUCAACUUCGCAUACGCAUGUUCAUAAUAUUUUUAAUUAUAUCCAACCACCUUCUUCUCGGACAUCCUCUUCCCCUAUUUCCUCCUAUACGUUUACUUCCAUUGCUGCUUCCGAUUUCUGUUUCCUCGUGAUAACACGCCCAAACCAUAUCAAUUAAUUAAUUUGUCUGUCGCAUUAUUUUAUAGAAUUAUUUUUAUUUUGUCGUAUACGAGAAACUACAUUCGGAUUAAAAUGUAUAAUAAUAUUCGGUGGUAGAUAUCAUCGCUGCCACCGGUGUUGAAAGUUUAUGCAUAUUUCUGUGCAUCGCGAUGACAGCGCGGAAAUCCGGUGAAAAUUGUACGUAAUAAUAUAGCGUGAUGCACUUAAAAAUUUAUUGCAACGUUCACUCUAUGACCUUUGAAGUGUUGUUUAAAACAAAAUUAGAAAUAAAUCAAACGUGCGUCGAAAAAUGUAUUCACCCCAAUAGGGUAUAAUAAGACGUAUUAUAAUAUUUUGUUUCGUUUUAUAUCGCGUGUAGACCGAUGUCGGAAAAAAAACGAUUGUUGUUUAAUUAAAAUAAAACUAAACAUAAUUGCAAUAACGAAAGAUUAAAUAGCAUAAUCGUUUUGCUAAAUAACGCUCUCUAUUCAGAAAAAACUCAUCGUGCUAGAGACUUAAUUAAGAAAUUGAAUUUUUACCACAGAAAAAGAUGGACUUGCGUUGCGUAACGUUGCAGAUUUUAUUUUUACGAUAUUACACUUAUUACCAAACAAGUUAUUAUUGUUUAAAAAUCUGAUAAUUUAAAAUUAUACAAACAGCGAUAUCGAACAACUAAAACGAACGUUGCACAGAGAAAAUCCUCUAUGUUUUGUGGUAAAGAUUUUGUCUCUCAACUAAAUCCAUGGUCCAAGUGGUUUUUGCCCACGCGAGACGCAUUUUCAUAAGCGUUUUUUUUUUUAUGUCACGAUUGCGCAAUAAAUUAUCAUUAUGAUAUGACACGGUACUACGACUACGGUAAAUGUAUUUGAAUAUUAUUGAGUUGAUUAAAUUUCAUUUUCCCAAAAUUGUCGAUAAAUUGUUUAUUCACGACCCCUUAAAAACAGCACUUCCACUUAAAAAUUGAGCAUUAUUAAAAUUUAUAUUAUGAUUUGUAGGUAUACAGCGUUGUUGGAAUAUAAUAUCUAGUAUUGAAUUAUAAAAAUUUAAAAACAAUUGUUCUAUAGGCCCUAGCAGGUUACGGUGCUAUAUUUUUCGUUUUUACUAUAGACAAAUACUUUUAGUGAUAGUAGGAAAAAAAAUUAUGAUCAAGUGAUAUCCGGGAACUGUUUGGAUACUCAUUAGAAGAUAUAUGGUUGCUGAACAUGUCCAUAAAUCUAUAAGAUCAAAUUCGUAUAAUUUUCAUAUCCUAUGCUCAAAAUCGGUUUUAGAACGGUAAUUUGUUUGGUAGUUUCGAUUAAAAAAAAAUUAUAGCGAUAUUUUUUUUAAUUUCUAAAUUUUAUAACAAUUUGUUUUUUUUAAUGAAUCGCUAAUAUAAUAUUUUGUUUUCUCUGCAUGUCUCGCACGCGUAAUAUAGCGACAAAGCGACAUUACUCGCUGGUUCCGCAACUGCAACUCUCCAGUCGAGUGUAGAGCAAAGGGACCGACUAUAUACAUGUUAAAAAGAAAAUUAUUUACUAUGUUGCAUUUCUAUACAAGUUAUUAUAACGAUUAGAAAAUUAAAUUAAAUUAAAACACACGCAUUGUCUUAAAAAAACAAAAAAAAACAAAACAAAACAAAAACCGAAAAUUCGUUCGUAGAUAAGCCCGAUAGUAAAUACUGUUUUUUACAAAUCGCAGCGUUAUAACAGGCCUCGUCGUCCUAGAGAACUCGACCGGAGAGACGAAAUCGCGGAAGUGCGCGUAACGCCUUUGUCACUAUAUUACUGCAGAGGAGAAAACAAAUGUCAGCGACCGCGAGUUCCCUUCUUAAUCCGUUUUCUGGUCGUGACAGUCGCGCGCCAGUUAUACACACCUGUACUCAUAACAUAUCCACGAACGGGCGACAUUUUUUUUUUUUUUUUAUUAUUAUUUAAUUGGCACCGUUAUGGCGUACUAGUCGCACAGAACGGAAAUUCCGUGAGGCGCGCGCGCGUGUAUACCUACAUCGUUACGUCGACAUCCGGGACAUCAAUCCGGAAGCAAGCAAUUAUUUUGUACGCGUGAUAUUAAAAAUAUUGUUAUUUCCCGCGGAUUCGCAAUCGCGGUUUACGGAGAGAUUGACCCCCCCCGUUACAAACAAUAAUACGCGUUAUGCAAUAGUAUACAUUACAAUUGUUUACGCGGCAUUAUAUUUUAUAAAGUUCGAGUCACUCCGCCGCCGGAGCCGUAUUAGCCUCCGGGAAAAUAACCACUUUGGAUCAAUAUGGUGUGGUCACCUAUUACCUACCUACUUACCUACUAUUACCUACCCAUAAUUAUUUCAAUAGUUCUAUGGUAAAUUUUUAUAGCAUAGGUACCUAUAAUACCUAUUAUAUAAGCCGGUGGCAUGCACGGGACGAAGCAAACAAUAAUCACGAUUCGUGAAUAAAUCGCAUAGAAUCUUCUUCAGUCACAAAUAACAGUUAUAGAAUUUAAAAGCCGCAUCCGAAAAAAAACCAAAUUUUUUAUUCGAUAAAUAAUGCUUUAAGCCAAUAAGUACGACGGAAAUUUGACUAAAAUGUCAAGAUAAAAUUACUAUAUAAAUACUCAUAGUAGUUGUGUUUGAAUUCAAUGGGAGUGAUAUGCACCAACUCCUAAUAUCUCUUUUACGUUAUCACUAAUCAGAGUAGUUGACAUAUUAUUAUGAGAAAUUUUCUAGUUAUUAUAUACAGGUGUUUCGCGAAGAUGUAACACCAGAAAUCAAUUUUUUUCCGUUCAAUAUUUUCAGUUUUUCUUUUCUUGUAGUAACUAAAUUUUAUAUUUUUUUGAAAACUAAAAAUAAAAAUAUUAAAUUUUAAAUUUUAAAAAGAUAUAAUACAUACUUCGCAAGAAGUACUGAUGAACUGUACAUGAACUGUUAUAGGUGAGAAGUUGAGAAGGUAGGAUACAUAGGAGAAUUUAAUAUACGAGGUACGUCGAGAAAGUAAGUUCCGUUGGGCAAUAAAAACAUGUAAAUGUGUAAAUUUUAAUAUACAUUUUAUUUGAAUAUAAAAUAAAUGUAUUACUUUAUUUUUUAACAUAGUUACCACCAUUGUUUAAGCACUUAUCAUAUCGAAGUACUAAUUUUUAUAUCCCUUCAUCAUAGAAAGAUGACGCCUGUGAUUGUAACCAUGCGCUAAUAGCCUUUUUCACCUCAUCAUCUUCGUUGAAGUUCUGGCCACCCAUAAAUGAUUUCAUGUGUAAAAAAAGAUGAAAAUCAUUGGGUGCCAAAUCUGGAUUGUAGGGCGGAUGAUUAAAUUGUUCCCAUGCAAAAUCUGCAAGAAGUUGUUUCGUCACAUUUGCAGUGUGCGGGCCAAAGAUGGUCGCUCAGUUCGUCGUGAACAUUUGGACAGGCUUCAUUGAAAAGUCUCACCCAUCUCCUAACCAUUGAAUCACUCAUCGCAUUUUCUCCAUAAACUUCACAAAUUUGAUGAUGAAUAUCAACUGGUUUGAUAUUCUUUGCAUUUAAAAAACGAAUCACAGAUCGUAACUCACAUGUGGCGGAAUUUUCUAUUAGUUUAUCCAUUUUAAAACACUUNAAAUAAGUAAAUUAAAUAAUCGGAUAUGACCGUAAUUAAGAUAACAUCGCAAACGCGAUAAAAAUAGAAAACGGAACUUACUUUCUGGACGUACCUCGUAUAUCAGAGCGAAACGAUUGAUCUUUGCUAUCGAAACACGAUUUUGAGCGGAUUUCAGUUUUACUUCGGUUACAUUGACUGUUUUGAAAGACUGUAAUAUUUACUAUUUGAAAAUAACAUAUUUCGUGAAUUUUUUGCUUUCCUACGUUUUUUCCCAUUUUUUAUGAAAAACAAAAAUUACCUUCUUAAAGUAAGUACCACCCCAGUAAAAUUUGUUUUCAGAAAAAGUGCUACACAAUUCGAAGUAAAACUUCGGGUAGAAAAUGUUUUACAGAAAAGAAUAAAAAUAAACAUCAUUGCGAAACCAGUACAUUCCUUACUCCGCUCAGAAAAUAGUAUUUAUAAAAUCCAAGAUAGAUACAAACAUACGAAUUUUGAAACAAAAUGUUGGUGUUAAAAUAUUAUGGUUAAUGAUGGUUCGCUAAGUUUUUAGAAUUUGUUGAAGUUUACAAAAUUAUUUUUCAUGAAAAAAUGUAUGAAUCGAUUGAUAUUAUGGUAUUAUUAAGGACUAUGGAAACGAUUGAAAUAAUUAUCAUAAGCUUAAAUGUUUUAGAGAAUUGAUAAAUCAUCAUUAGUAAAUAUUAAUAACACUAACAUUUUUAAUUCAAAAUAUUUUAUACUUAGAAAAUGACUAUCUUGGAUUUUGUUAAAAUAUAUUUUUUUUUAAUUUGCAUUUAUAUUUUUAGUUGAAAAAAAAAAAAAAAAUUAAAAAUUAUCGAUCAGACAAAAGUUACUUCAAGUAUCAUAUGUUCGUGUCUGUGUAGUAAACUACUAAUGCAGACAAUUUCUCACAGUAAAUUAUAUUAUACAUACAAUUUUCCAUUGUACAGUAACUAUACUCGGUAGUUAGUCCAAAAAGACUAAUAUAAGAGAUUUUUAAGUAGGUUUUUUUUCUAUGUAGUUUGAAGUAGUUUUUUUUCCUGAGGGGGUGGCUUUUUUACGGCCAACACGUACGCGUACACUUUCAUCUCUCGCUUACUGUAGUUUUAUUGUCCGUGUCAGACGGAAAACACAUGCGGUUUUUCGACUAGCCCGUUUGUUAAGAGGACGACGCGCAUUUACCGUCUCUAUCUAAACAACCGGCAAUAUAGCAAAAUUACGUUUCUAAGAACAGUGGCGUUUACGUUUAAAUAAAAACAACAAAAUUUAAAGAGGAAGGUUUUUUUUUCGAAAAACUAACAUUGCUAUAUAUUUUUGUAUGAUCAUUUUUCGCUUUAGAAAAGACCUAUCCCUGAUGGCUUUCGAAUAUUCUCGCCACUUUAAUUUUCUGUGUUUAGACUCUAAUAAUAUAUUGUCAAUUUAAACGUCACAAUUUACGUGUAUUUUGUAUGAAAUGUAAUUUUUCUAUGUUGCCCGUUAGUUGGACUGAGACACUCAAAGUGCAUGUAUAGUCAUGUAUAUUUCACCCAUAAAGGCCGGUAUUACUUCUACAAAAACCACUUACGGCCGAACCCGAUGUAAACCCAAAUAAUAUGGUCCUUUCAAUUGAGGAAACGAGAAGCAUAGGAUACCGUAAAUUAUUUAAACGUAAUGUAAAAUGAUAAUAUAUAGAACUUGAAUACGUCCAACAUGCAAUAUAUCUGAGAGUCACUCCGGAUAGUUUCCUAACGUCGUAUCCAUCUCAUAAAACUUUAACAUCAAAAAUAACUACACGGAACGGGCUAUUACGUAAACGUAAACUUACAGAGAGCAAUUGGGGAAUGCAGCCACAUAUUCUGAGAACCUAUGCCCAUCAACAGGCGAAUACGAAUCACCAGCGGUUAACCCAAUGAAACAAAACAUGAAAAUUGAAUGAAGUAAUGUUUCUACAGAACCCCUCGGGUUGUUUUGAUAUAAAAUCUAACCUAAAAUGCAAAUUCAUGCUAAUUGCAUGCUAAAUAUUGGCACAAAAUAUAAAAUUUGGAAUGAAGGAGGGGAGCUAAUGAAGUGUGCGUUGUAUAGUCUUCCUUUAAUUCAUUUAAUUCUCUCUCUGUGUGUUUCUUAAAAAAAAAAAAUGUGUUUAAUAUUGUAAAUGUCAACGAUUUUCAGAAAAAGAGUUGGCUGAUUUUUCUUCUAUUUAUAUACUUUUACUAUUGCGCCUCGUGUUGAUAACAGUCGAUUUCGGUGCGGCCGGCGAACAACUGACGCAAUGCGGUAUUAUCAAGAUUCCCAUAGCGCCACUAGUCUGUUUUAUAUAAUAUAAUAUCAAUAAGCCCGUAUACCAAAGGCUGUGUAGGUCAAAUAGGUAGGCAGUAAAAAAAAAAAAUAAGAGAAAAAUUAUUUUUUUUUGUUUUAUACGUUUCUGUUUUGUUUUAUAAUUGACUUUAGGUUCUGCAAAACAGUCGCAGAGAAAAUAACUUGUAUAUCCAUAAUCGUAAAUUAUAAUAAUAUAUUCAUGCAAUUUGCGUCCAGCACUUUAUCGUUCGGUCUCACACGCAAACCGGGAAAAUCGUCGCGUUUCAAAAAAAAAAAAAAAAAAAAAAAAAAAAAAUACAAAAAACUUCCAAGUUAUCGCACGAGGUUGUAGGCGUUGUAGGCGUUGUUGUAGGCGAUACUACCUAUUUUUAGAAAUAAUUUUUUAUUCCAUUAUUCGAGUAAAAAUAUUAUAAACUCAAUGUAUGUAAAUUUUUCAAGAAAUACUUUUACAUAAUUGAAUGUUGUACAGUCUCAAACAUGAGAUGUCUGCUGUAAUUGCAGAAUAACAAUAUUUUUUACGAUAUUCGAAAGCCGUUUUGCCGUUUUAUUUUAUUUUAUUUUUUUUUCAAUUUCCGGCCGUAUAUUUAUAUAACACGUUUUUGUUAUUUCCCCACCUAAAAAUAUUACUAGGACGACGCUGGUAUACCAAUUCUUAUUUCCACAAGAGUGUGUAUACGAAAGUUGAAUUGCAAACGACAAUAAUGUUCGAAUAAACCCAAAAACGAGAUAUGUGUCGGGCGAGUUUUGGUUUUUUGAAAUCGAAACGAGUCGAGUAACCGGGUAUACGGGUAUCGAAAAACACCGACUCUACUCGAAAAAACUCGAAAAACUCUAAAAACAAUAUUUUAUCCGUUAAAUUUGUUUUCUGAAAAACGACAAGUUAGGUUAACACAUUCCAAUGUUACGCGAGCACGUACUUUCGAUCGGGUAUUAUCUAAUAAUAUUAUUUUUUUCAAAAUCGUUUUUCUACGACUCUCGUAAAAAUCACUGGACAAGAAUCUCGUAUAGCUUACUCGUGCUAUUAUCUGUUAAAUUUAUAUUAUUCGUAUAAUAAAAUACGAGUAUAGUCCCGAAGACUCGUCAAACGGUUUUAGCGACAUAAUAUAAUAAUCGACGGGUAUAAUACAGCGGUACUUCUCAAAAAUGUUUUGUCAUAGGCCUCCUAAAUUUAAUGUAAAACUGUCAAGGCCCUUCCUAAAUCAAAAUCGUUAAUUAUUUCUUCUCAACUGUAUACUAAAAUUACAUGCAUUAUUAAUCACACUAAAUUAAUUAUUAAAAUGCAUAGUAAAUAAAUGUUUUUUAAUAUAAUUUCGAAACAAUAUUAUAAUAGUAUUAAAUUUUAAACAUGUAUAAACAAAAAUAAAUUAGUAAUAGCUGCAAAACAAUAUUUAAAUAUUAAAUUUAUUAUUGUUAAAUAACAGUUAUCUAACAUUAGAUUUUAUCGACAAUCAUAUUAAAUAUAUUAUUUAAUAACUAAAUAACCGAAAAUAUUUUAAAUUGAAUAAAUAUUUCACUGCCCACCAGUCAUAUAGCCAUGGUCCCUAGUUUGAGAAGCACUGCAAUGCAGGUUCGAUGAGGUCUUGAUCGAGAUCACCGAAAAUCCAAAAUGAUUUAACAAAAUAUUACAAAUACGACCGGUCAGCGCCAUCGCGUGACUGUGAAAGUGUUUUUUAUGUAAUUAUUAUAUUAUAGGUAUACCUGCCUAUACUUUCUAUUUUUUUUUUUUUUUUAUUAUUUAUUUAUAGCUAUUGAUUUAUGAUAUUUACCGUUCCGCGUAUAAAUUAAUAUAUUCGGUGUUUGCUUUAAAAUCGUGAUGCGGUGAUAUACUAUGAAAAUAAUGGUCUUCGGGGCAUUAUUACCAUAAUAUAUUGUAAUAAAAUAUUACGUCUCUGCUGUUGUAGUUGUAGGUACACGUUUCGACGACGAUGGUCGUUCGCGAGACGAGUGAAAAUAACAUUUCGCAUUUAUUAAUAUAAUACGUCUUAUCGAAUAAUUCUAACCGAUGUUCGUAAAUAAUGCGGUAUUCAAAAUUAAAAUACAUUAUUACGCUCAUAAAUGCACAAAACUGACGCGUACAAUAUUAUUGUUCGGAAACUGUUUUCAAUGCAAUUGUCACGGUGCAGUUUUUACUAGUAUAGCUCGAAGUGCACGUAAGCAAUGGCGUUCCGAGAGUGUCGCGUUGUGUAUCGUGUCUGUCGUAUUUAUCAUUUUCCCGGUACUUUUGAAUGGGUACUUUUAGCGGCUUCCUCUGGACCAAACGAACUCGAACUCGGGAAUCGGAGUUGUUUUAUUUAGCCUAUAGGUAAAUUUAGUAACGCCGAAUUAGAGGUUCAGGUCUGGUCGAUAACAGACAACAUUUUCUGGGAAGUAGUGGUGAUUAUAGUGGUUUACGGAAUUGUGAACGGAUACAAUGUUUGAUAAAUAUUAUAAACAAAUGUUUAAGGGGAGUGGGGUACGGAGAACAAAGUGACUCCACAGUCAUAUCUUGCGUGUGCAUAAAUAGGUAAAAGUGAUGGUUAGGACAACUAUGAUGACUAUUGACCAGACCAUUCAAAAUCUGAUUCUGCGCCACUGGCUAUAUUAAUAAUGUAUGUGUGAAAAGUAUAGUUUUUUUUUUCUGAGGUAGGUGAAGUGUUGAAGUUCAUAACACCUAGGGCAACCGUUCCAAUUUUCAAAAACCUGGGGCCUAUCACGAUCUAUGGGCUUUUGCGAAAACGGCGCGUCUCCGUUGACAGUCUAAAGGUGUAUUCGAAUUAACAGUUCUGCUAUAAACGCGAUUCGAUAGUAACAAUAAUUAUUACCUGAAAUCCAACACUAACUUACAGUGCGUGCGUGUAAUUUGAGUAGACAGCAACCGUCUCGGCACGGCGUCGCACGCAAGUACACUUAAAAAAUAAUACUCGUAUGUGUUAAACUCGCUGAUCGUUUAUCGCCCCUGCCACCCCCCCCCCCUCACAACCUACACCCAACUCCUUUUAUAGAGAUUUUACAACAGAUUUUUUUUAAAUAUAGGGUGGUGAGGUCGUAAAACCUGCGGCUUAAAAAUAACUAUACGUCAUAUAUAAUAAGCGUCGCUUCGCAAUGGACGCGUCACCGUGCGGAUAUAAUUUAUACAAAUUAAAUACAAAAUCAACACUUUUUCAACGCUAACUAACAUACAUUAAGUCGAUAAGGAUACAUUUAUUAAUAACAAUUAUUUAUUGGAGUUUUGUAAUUUUACCGUCCCACUCGGAAGUAUUUUUAUUUUUAGUACAUAUUUCAUUAUAUAAUUUUCCUGGCUUUAUUAAGCACUUCGAUACUACACAACUUGUUCGGCUUUCAGAAAUAAAAUACCUUUUAUAAAAACAAUUUAGAUUGCAAUAUUUUGAAGAGAACCACAUAAUGCGUUUAUAUUAUGCGUUUUUCAAAAAUAGAUACAAACGGAGAAUUCAUAAUAAAUAAAUAAAAUUAAUUUUACUAUUACACAGACGUUUUAUCUCCUAAAAAAUUCUGUGGAGUAGGCGGACACUUUUUUUGUGUUUUGUGUAAACGUCUUGUUAACGUAUUCGAGUUGAUCGAUUCUUUUAAUUGUCGUUAACAUUACCUAUACGCGCCUCUUUUAAUACCGCGGACGUGCGACGGUUUCCUCCGCAAAAAUAAUGAACAUUAUUAGGAUAUACAUGUCGAAAUUUUGAAUUGUGGGUGCUGAUAAAGUUGAACCCUCGACCAGACGAGUAGCGCUCUCGUUCGACGAUGGCGGUGCGUUAUCCGAAAUGAACACAGUAUACCGUAUACGAAAAGGGUUUCCGCGGUUUUUCAAACAAAAUAAUUUAUCGAAACAACGCGUCAGAAAACUUUAUGGUCUUUUGGCGAAAAUACUCGCCAGACUCCCCCGCAGACUCACAUGACUCACAUUUGCAAUUACAGUAAAGUGCGAUUGUUAUUAUUUUACACCAUUGCGACACUCGGCGUUUGUGCCUACCGACCCUUACAAAUUAUAAUCGUGUACUAUACGUCUCUUUUGACGGCGCUUCAUAUAAUAUUUUUUGCUUAUAUUUUAAAACUAACGUGCGCCGCCGUUAAUAAUAUUUGUUUUUGUUUUUUUUUCCAGCCCCAGCGAACAUUUCGGCGAUAACGCGGCCAAGGAGAUUUUCCGGAAAGCCAUGGACCUCGGACGGACUAAAAAGGACGUGAAGGCGUGUCAUACGGAAUAUAAAAAGUGCAGAUUCAACACGAGACAAAUGUUCAAACUGUUCACGUCGUUCGUGUAAAACAGCGACGUUGUACUCCAUCAAUUUCAAACGAGCCUGUAAAUUAUAUGUGCCAAAAAUACGUGUAUACCUGUAGCUAUAUUAUUUUGUUACUAUCUAUGUAUAAUUAUUUGUUUAUCAUAAUAUUAGUCUUGUGUUUAUUUAGUUCAUCAGAUGGCGCGGUUUACCAUAGGUAUAUAUAUAUAUAUAUAUUAUAUUAUUAUAUAAAAGUAUUAUACGUGCAUAAAUAAUAUUACGUACCCACAAUAUUGUUCAACUAUUAAUUGAUAUAAUAAUAUUACUAUUUUAUCGUUAUCUUAAAAUGAUUACCUAGGAUAAAAUUAACGUACUGUCGAUUAUAUUUUGUAUCAUUGUAAAUAUUAUUAUUACAUUUAAUAUUGUCCGUGUUUUAUAUUGUGAUAAUAGUUUCCGUUUCGAUUUUUUCCCACGACCGUUAAAAUCCAUAGUUUCCCGCCGUACAUCGUUGAGGGUAACAGUACUUUUAUCCCGCAGGAGUUUCAAAACACACGCGAUCCUCAGAUAAUUGUUCAAUAAGCUUGUGUUUUACCGAAAUCGACAACAUUUUAUUUUUAAAUUACAAUAAUUAAUACUUCUUAUAUGAAGUUCAAUACAAACAAUUUUUUUUUGGACUGAGCAUAACGAGAAAUAUAUACAUUGGUUUUACUUGGCUUCGUUUUUACGCCUGUAAUCAACUUUUACGAGAAAUCUCGCUACGAUUUUCUUGUACAGUAUUUUUCCCGAGGUAAAUGUUGUCUAUUUGGCGGUAAUCGUUCUUCUUCAUGUAGUUUUCUUGAUAGUUGGGAAAACCUGUCAAAAAUAUAGGAAAAUGGGAAUGUCAAUGACAUCA